GGAUGUUAAUGGCAUUGGCAGCCAUAUUUGUACUCCAGUCAGGAGCUCCCAAGCACUUAUUCUGAAGAAUAAAAUGGCAGCAGAGAUUUGAUUUUUCUGUGGUCACAGAAUGUAUAUACUCUGCACAUACUGGGCACAUAACGUGGGGUCAUUUGUACUGUAAUUCAGGGAGAGCUGAAAACACCCAUCUACAUGGCACAUGGAAGAGACAAAACUCCCCUGCAGGACAGUCCUGAAUGUCAUUAGAGAAGUCCAGGCUUUGCAGUUUAAAUGUACCUCUCGGCUCCCACUUGCUGCCUGCCACUGCUUUGUAACUAGCUAAUCACUGCUGGACAAGGUUUUCUUCAUUUGAAGGAGAGAGGGAAAAUUAGAUGGCCAUACAUUCCACUGUGCCAUCAUUGAUUUAUUUUUUCAGGGAAAUGGAGGCAGAGAGACAAGCUAUGUGGGAUCACUUCUUUUUAAAUGAUUUCUGGUUUUGUUUUUUAUCAAUGUAUUUGGGGUGUGGCAAUAAUUUGCCAUAAUAUGUGCAGCAGUUAACUGUUUCCCUCUCUGUGAUAUUUAAAUGUUAGGCAGUGGUCUAUCUGGAUAUUACUGAGCCCACAGCAAAUUAUUUUUCAGUCCCCCAAAAUGUCUAGAGGUUGACUUGUUUUACUAAUAUUUAUUGAAACUGUAUAUGAAUUAGGGCCUCAUGGGCCCACUAUACCUCCUGGGCCCCCUGCAGCCACAGGGUGAACAACCCUUUUAAACACUAUACUACAAUAGCACAAGCUGACAACUGAUGUCUAUCUGCAAUUUCUUUUUUCCAGAAGGAGGAAACAUCCAAAAAAGACCUUGCCUUGAAGAGAAAAGGCCCCUUCAACUGAGGGUCACAAGCUACAGUACCCAUGCCGUGCUGGGUCAUGGCGGUUUUGGCACGGUAAUGUUGGCAACUUGUUCCAACAAGAGCCAACCUGUAGCCAUGAAGGUGAUACACAAAGCAGAGAAUAGAAGAUCGAUUGCCAAGGAGGUGCGACUACUGAGGAUGGCUUCUGGAUGCCCAUUCCUCUGUCACGCGCAUGCAGCUUUCCAAACAAAGCUGGCUGCAUGCAUUGUGAUGGAGUACGCCAGUGGAAACAGCUUGGAGAAAUUCAUUAAGCGCACAGGGAAACUGAAGAUGGACGCUAUAACAUUCUACACAGCAGAGAUCAUAUGCGGCCUGCAGUUCCUCCACGCCAACGGGAUUGUCCAUCGGGACAUCAAACUGGAUAACAUCCUGUUGACCGGCGAGGGACACAUAAAGAUCGCUGACUUUGGUGUGGCUGUAGAGGGAAUGUUUGGCCAGAAGAAAGUUGUAGGCAAGGCUGGAACAGUGCAAUACAUGGCCCCAGAGGUGAGUUGCUCUGAAUAAAAUUAUAUAGAUCAGAGGAAUUAGAAAACCUGAUCUCUUUGCUAUUUUACAUUGAUUUUAUCAUCACUUCAACUGCUUAGUAUUUAGAGUUUGUAGCAUGUUCUUUAGUUUUAGGGUCAGGCUACACUGGGCGUUUUAGGGAGAUUUGGUCACCAGGCGACUUAUCACCUCGUUUUUGCGGCCACCAAUCUCCCCA